UUCUUGAGGAUAGAGAUGGGAUAUUUGUAUAAACGAACCUUGUUACAACAGCCAUCGGCUGAAAUGCAUUGCGUCUAUGGGAGCAUCACUGUUGUUGACACUGUACUUUUGUGGAGCUUAUAAUCAAACUGUUCUGUUGAAGAACUUCUAUUUUUGAGGACUAUCUUUCCAAUGUGUCCUGAUGGAGCUAUACUCCAACACAUUGCAUCAGGGGUAUGCAUUUUGUAAUGUAUCUUGUGGAGAUGGUAUUUGGGCUGGCCACAACUGUUCCCUUGGCCAGCGACUGCAGUGUUCGGUGGUAAAUGUGACCAAACAAACCAGCUCAUCCAACCUCACCAUGGUUGAGGAACGAGGAAAGUAUGACUUUUACAUCGGCCUUGGUUUGGCUGUUAGCUCCAGCAUUUUCAUCGGAGGAAGCUUCAUCCUCAAGAAGAAGGGACUGCUACGGCUGGCCAAGAAGGGAUCGAUGCGAGCAGGGCAAGGAGGUCAUGCAUAUCUCAAGGAGUGGCUUUGGUGGGCGGGUUUACUGUCAAUGGGAGCUGGGGAGGCGGCUAACUUCGCUGCCUAUGCGUUUGCUCCGGCCACGCUGGUCACCCCCCUGGGAGCCCUCAGCGUACUGGUCAGCGCGGUGCUGUCCUCGUACUUCCUGACCGAGCGGUUGAACCUGCACGGUAAGCUGGGCUGUGUGCUCAGCAUCCUCGGCUCCACCACCAUGGUGAUCCACGCUCCAAAGGAGGAGGAGAUCAGCAGUCUGGAGCACAUGGCGGUCAAACUGGUGGAUCCAGGCUUCCUGGUGUUUGCCAUGCUGGUGAUCAUCGUGGCCUUGAUCUUCAUCUGCGUGGUGGGCCCGCGCCAGGGCCAGACCAACAUCCUGGUGUACAUCACCAUCUGCUCCGUGAUCGGGGCCCUGUCCGUGUCCUGUGUGAAGGGCCUGGGCAUCGCCAUCAAGGAGGCCAUCGCGGGGGAGCCGGCGAUGAGCAACCCCCUGUCGUGGGUCCUGCUGCUGAGCCUGGUGGCGUGCGUCAGCACGCAGAUCAACUACCUGAACAAGGCGCUGGACAUCUUCAACACGUCGCUGGUCACGCCCAUCUACUACGUGUUCUUCACUACCUCGGUGCUCACCUGCUCCGCCAUCCUCUUCAAGGAGUGGGAGCACAUGGGCGCCGCCGACGUCAUCGGCACGCUGAGCGGCUUCCUCACCAUCAUCGUGGGCAUCUUCCUGCUGCACGCCUUCAAGGACGUGAACGUCAGCCUGUCGGCGCUCGCCGUGGCCAUUCGCAAGGACGAGCGGGGCGGGCCGGGGUUCCCGGCGGCCAACGGCGUGGGGCAGCAGCACGGCUGCGGCUAUGAACUCCUGCAGGAGACCACCGAGGAGCUGGACAGCCGGGACAUGGGCUCGUCCUUCGACAGCAUCUCGCGGAGGAACGGCGCCAUGAGCUCCUCGUAAGGGGCCGCCUGCAAGGGGCUCCGCGACUACCAACACUACGACUACUAUUACUACUGACUCGGUUUCCAAGGCAACGGGGUGGGAGACAGACAAUCGGAGGGAGGGAGGGAGGGAGGGAGGAGCGGGGGCACAGUGUCUUGGAUGGACCAAUCGAUUGUAUUUUGAUUUAAUUUGCCUUAAGUUUUUCAUAUCAUAACAUAAUUAGUAUAGAGUUUGGACUUUGGUUUAAUUCCUGUGUAGCUCUGUAUACCAGGUUUUCUUGUUUUUCUGAAAACCUUUUUGUUUGUGUGUGUAUACUACAUACCCAUGCACUGGGUGCUUUCUAUUAUCCAUCAACUUAAAGAAGUUGAGGUCCUGCUGAUUUACAGAGUUAUUUAUGGAGAAGACAUUGUUGAGAUAUGCGUUAAUUUCAUACUUGGAAACGGUACCAUCUAUUUACGUUGGAUGACACAGUGGGCCAUUUUUUUGUAAUGUUUACAUAAAAAGCGUGCAAAAAUCAA